CAAACACAAACAGAAAUGGUAGCGAAACUAAAGUGACAGAUUAGACAGACGGCAACAAAAACAAGAGUGAGAAAAAAAAAAAAAAUAUAUAUAUAUAUAUAUAUAUAUAUAUAUAGGUUUCGAGAAGAACAAGAAGAAGAAGAAGAAGAGGCGAAACAUAUUUUUCUUCUGCGGAGUAUUUCAUUUUCAUUUCCUAGUUUCAGGGUUUUUUGUGGAGGACUUUUCAACGGUAUAGACAGCUUUUGUUUCUGUAAAAAAAAUGGAUGCUAAACCUAAGAGGAGGACUGUCACAGAAAAUGGGGAUACAGGAGAUGACUUGGUCCUUGCAACUUUGAUUGGGAAUGGGGAUGAUGUGGGACCUCUUGUCAGGCAUGCAUUUGAGAUGGGGCGGCCUGAAGUGCUCCUGCACCAGCUAAAGACAGUUGUGAAGAAGAAGGAAGUUGAAAUCGAGGAGCUCUGCAAGACCCAUUAUGAGGAAUUCAUUCUUGCUGUUGAUGAACUUCGCGGUGUGCUGGUUGAUGCCGAAGAGCUGAAAGGUGAGCUCUCGAAUGAUAAUUUCAAAUUGCAAGAGGUUGGCAGUGCUCUUUUGAUCAAACUUGAGGAGCUUCUUGAAUCUUAUUCGAUCAAAAAGAAUGUGACUGGAGCUAUCAAAAUGGCUAAGAUCUGUGUACAGUUGUUGGACCUUUGUGUCAAAAGUAACAAUCAUAUUUCUGACGGCCAGUUUUACCCUGCAUUAAAAACUGUGGAUUUGAUUGAAAAGAAUUAUUUGCAGAGUAUCCCUGUCAAGGCACUAAGAAUGGUGAUAGAGAAAAGAAUUCCAGUGAUAAAAUUGCACGUUGAAAAAAAAGUUACUAGUCAAUUUAAUGAAUGGUUAGUUCAUGUAAGGAGUUCGGCAAAGGAUAUUGGACAGACAGCAAUAGGUCAUGCUGCAUCAGCUCGCCAGAGGGAUGAAGAAAUGCUGGAACGCCAGAGGAAGGCAGAGGAACAGAGUGUUUCUGGUUUAGGAGAUUUUGCAUAUACGUUAGAGGUUGAAGAAAUUGAUGAAGAUUCUGUUUUGAAGUUUGAUUUGACACCUCUGUACCGAGCAUAUCACAUCCACUCUUGCCUGGGACUCCAAGGGCAGUUUCGUGACUAUUACUACAAGAAUCGAUUCUUGCAGCUCAGUUCAGACUUGCAAAUAUCUACAGCACAACCUUUUGUUGAAUCUUAUCAGACAUUUUUGGCUCAAAUUGCUGGUUACUUUAUAGUGGAGGAUCGGGUCCUGAGGACUGCUGGGGGCCUAUUGUCAGCUGAUCAGGUUGAGACAAUGUGGGAAACUGCUUUAGCGAAAAUGACAUCAGUUUUAGAGGAACAGUUCUCUCAUAUGGAUUCUGCAACCCACCUUCUGCUUGUGAAGGAUUAUGUCACUCUUCUUGGCUCUACUCUUAGACGAUAUGGUUAUCAAGUGGGUCCACUUCUUGAGGUGCUUGACAAGAGCCGGGACAAAUUCCAUGGGCUUCUUUUGGAUGAGUGUCGACAACAAAUUGUUGACGUUAUUGCAAAUGACACUUACGAGCAGAUGGUAAUGAAAAGGGAUACUGACUAUGAGAAUAAUGUCUUGUCAUUUGGUCUGCAGAUCUCAGACAUAAUGCCAGCUUUUCCAUAUAUUGCACCAUUCUCCUCCAUGGUACCUGAUGCAUGUCGCAUUGUCAGAUCAUUUGUUAAAGGGUCUGUUGAUUACCUGUCUCAUGGUGUGCAUUCUAAUUUUUAUGAUGUUGUGAGAAAGUAUUUGGACAAACUUCUGAUUGAUGUAUUAAAUGAAGCAAUACUUAAUACAAUUAGUGGUGGCAACAUUGGCGUGUCUCAAGCCAUGCAGAUUGCUGCAAACAUAUCUGUUCUUGAAAGAGCAUGUGAUUUUUUUCUUAGACAUGCAGCCCAACUAUGUGGGAUCCCAGUCCGAUCAGUUGAGAGGCCUCAAGCUAGUUUAACUGCCAAGGUGGUUCUGAAAACUUCAAGGGAUGAAGCCUAUCUUUCUCUGCUGAAUCUGAUGAACACCAAGUUAGAUGAGUUCAUGAUGCUAACUGAAAAUAUUACUUGGAAUUCAGAGGAAAUACCUCAGAAUGGGAAUGAGAAUAUUAAUGAAGUAAUCAUUUAUAUUGAUACUCUUAUGUCCACAGCACAGCAAAUUUUACCCAUGGAUGCUCUGUAUAAGGUUGGUAGUGGAGCUCUUGAACAUAUUUCCAACUCAAUAGUGUCAGCUUUUCUGAGUGAUAGUGUCAGGAGGUUCAAUGCUAAUGCUGUUAUGAGUAUUAACAAUUAUCUAAAGAUGCUGGAGUCUUUUGCAGAUGAGAGGUUCCUUAGCACUGGCUUGAGUGAAAUAUAUAAGGAAGGUAGUUUUAGAGGCUGUUUAAUAGAAGCACGGCAAUUGAUAAACCUUUUGAUGAGCAGCCAGCCUGAGAACUUCAUGAAUCCAGUGAUAAGGGAGAAACACUACAAUGCACUGGAUUAUAAGAAGGUGGCCACUAUCUGUGAGAAAUUCAAAGAUCCUUCUGAUGGGAUCUUUGGAAGCCUUUCAAGCAGAAAUACAAAGCAAAGUGCUCGAAAGAGGUCAAUGGACACGCUGAAGAAAAGACUGAAGGACUUCAACUGAUAAUGCUUGCAUUACAUAUUUGCCUCAGAGUUAGGAGUGUAUUUUUUUUUUUUUUUUUUUUCCAUUAUCUGUGCUGAAUAUAUAAUUUUUUAUUAUCCUUGCUGAUCUUCAGAAUGGGUAGGAUUCUUUAUAUUGCUUUGUGAUUUAUAUUCAUAAAUAAAAAACUUCACAUUUCUUUGCAUUAUCAAUUUUACUUCUAUUGCGUUUGGCAUCAGCUUAUUUAGUUUUUUGCUUAAACUGUGCUAAAGUAUAUUUGUACUUUGAAAAAGUAAGGUUUUAAAAAGAUGUACAUAAAAGCUAAAAGCUAAAAUUGAUGCCAAACACACACUUUAUGCAUUAAUCUUUUAUCUUUGCUCUUUCCUGGGAAAUAAGUUAGUCCAUUUUUGUUGAGAAAGAACUUGCGAGAGCUUUGCUUUCAGUCUCACUUCUUUAUCUAUGAGGAAAUGGCCAUGUAUGCUUUAUCAAGGCUUCUAAGAUGGAUUUAUUACAGCUCCAUGUAGAUGCUUCCGGACUAUGCAUUUGGUACUUCAUUUCUUGCUUUGUAAUACUUCAUAUUACUUUUCACACUUUAUAACUAGAGAUUUUGUCAAAGAACUACUGAAAUUCAGCCAAUGAGCUCCAGCUUAAAAGGGAUGGUAAAGAUCAGGUAGUGAUUUCAAGACUCAUUGGAUGUGCUUGUAAUUCAAUAAUCAUACACAAAUAAUUACUGAAUUUGGUUUUAGGAUCCUUAUUAAUUUAGGCUAAUGGAAUGGGGUUUUAUGCUGGAGGCAGCUGCUCAACAAUCUGCUGCAGAGAUGUCUGACAUGGGCAUGAGACUGCCUUAGGGAAGGAGAUGUAGGUCAUGCUCCAUCUUUUACCUAGCAUUAUCUUUAUAUUUCUGCUGAUGUUAACAAUCACAGCCAAAGGUAUUCUUUCUUCAUCCUUGCUUUUCAUUUACUUUGCAAUCACUGUUUUAUACCUCUUUCCUUUGUUUCUUUCCUUCUUGACUUGCUUCUUAGUAUCGUUUAGAUGCUAGGUAACAGGGAUAAAUCUAUUCUGAGGGAGGUAAUAGAUGAAGUGAUGUUAUUAAUGUACCUCUGGCUUUCUAAUGGCGAGCUACUUGAUUGGGUUGUCGAGUGGCAACAAAAAGUUUCUAUGUUCCUGAGAGUCCGAGAUCAAAUUAGAUGUGUGAGGCUAAUUUUGCCAAAUAGCAUAAUUUUAGGAAAAAUUUAGGAGAAAUGCAUCCAACCAAACUUAUUUAUUUAUGUAGCACUUUUUUGGAACUCGAGUUUAUCAUAAUGCUUGGUACUUGAGCUUGGGGAACUCGAGUUUCACUUGGAACUCGAGUUCCAAAAAAGUGCUACAUAACCAAAUAAAUUUGGCCGGUUGUGUUUUUCCUAAAUUUUCCUAAAAUUAUGCCAUUUGGCAAAAAAGGCCAGAUGUGUGACCAUCCUAUCUGUUCUGGAAUUUGUCUCUGAAGACCUUCAUCUUUUCAUUUUUUUCCUCAUAAAUCAAAUCAUGGACCUGAUUAAUCUCUCUUUUUGGGUCACUGUAUUGCAGAUAGGCACCCUUUGUAGGUACACUUUCUUUCAAAUGGUACAAGAUGGGAAUCUGACUGAUAUAGGAAUGCACAAAUGCUGAGGAUGCUCAUCUGCUGACUAUUGUAAUAGCAAAUUAUAGGGAUAAACAAUAAUUUAAUUCUUCUUUAGAAAUAAAGAUAGAGAUACUAGGGGCCCGUUUGGUACAUGUGUUUAAAAAUUGAAAAUUGUUGUUUAAAAACAUGUGUGGAAAUACGUGUGGGUGAAAAAAUAUAUGAAAAUAUGUGUAAUGUUGUUAAAAACUGAAAAUUGUUGUUUGAAAACACAAACCAAACACCCCCUAGAUGCCAGUUUCUAACUAUACAUUAGGAAUAUUGCCUUCUUGUUUUGGGGGAAAAUGAUUUUAAUCUUUAGUUAGACUUAAAUUUUUCUUCAUGGACUCUCUAAUUGUUUUGGUUUUCAUGUUUCAAAUCUACUGAAUUAAGAAUGAACUUGGCUUUUUA